AUGAAGCGAGAGUCACUACCCAUAGAAGCUCUAAUACCCUUCGCGCGGCUCUAUAACAUCUCUCUUCGCGGGGUUACUUUCCGGAAGCUAAGAGCGGAAGAUGGUACAGACAAGGGCGGCGCGAUUAUUGCAACAGAAGACAAACCCUUUGGGAGCAACGAAUCAUCACAAAAUGACGUCCUUGUCAAAGUACCAUCUGAUAUGAUUCUUUCGCUCGAGAUGGUUCAAGAGCGGUCAAAAUAUGAUCAACAUCUGCGUGAGGUGCUGGAAGCUGUUGGGGAUUUCGGCAAGACGGCUAGAGGUGCUAUAUUGCUCUUCCUACUGAUCCAAAUUUCACAUUCAUCUCCAGACCUGGAGGAACAUAGAAUCGGUGCGUCUAGUGCCUGGUCGGAAUACGUAAAAUUUCUGCCUUCGUUCCUACCGCUGCCAACAUUCUGGACGAUGGAAGAACUGGAGUUGUUGCGAGGGACGUCCUUAAGGAUGGCUUACGAAGCAAAGGUCCUCUCCUUGGAGAAAGAAUUUGACCACCUUCGCGACAGCACAGAGAACAUUGAAUGGUGUCGAGACCUCUGGUGGGACAACGAUACUGUCACAGCUGAAGACUGGAAAUAUCUCGAUGCAGCAUUUCGGUCACGUAUGGUAGACCUGCCCGAAUAUGGACAUGCAAUGGUUCCAUGCAUUGAUAUGGCCAACCAUGCAGCGGAAUCUACAGUAAACGCGCUGUAUGAAAAGGACGGUGAUGGGAACGCUAUACUCCAGCUACGCUCGGGGAAGGAAUUGCGCCUGGAUGAAGAGGUCACUAUCUCGUAUGGCCAGGAUAAAGCGGCAUCGGAGAUGGUUUUCUCAUACGGUUUCCUGGACUCAGAUAGAGAUGAGGCGAAGCAAAUAUUCUUAGACUUGGAUAUUCCUGAUGACGAUCCCUUGAGAAUGGCUAAAAUGGCCUUUUGCAAAGAGUUGCCGGGGUUGCGCAUCUUUUCGAAGCCCCUGGUUUCGGGGGAGGCCGAAACAGAUUGGGAGAGUCCGAUAGUGUGGUGGGCCUGUGUCAAUGAAGAGGACGGACUUGAUUUUGCUGUUUUGCAGAAUAACGACGGUUCGAAAGAACUGACAAUGACAUGGAAGGCUCAGGAGGUGAGAACUCCUGAUCAUCUUCAGGAUCUUCUAGCGGCAGACCCGGCAUGGGAUAUCUUCCAACUUCGUGCAGUCGUACUCGUCCUCGAGCGGAUAGAAACCCAGUUCUUCAUGCUGCAGACAACAGAGCGGAUGGUUUCAGAUAUACGACAGAGUGAGGACAUGCUUUCUAUUUUCCGGCCCGAUGUGUUCAAUACUGUCACCAAAUUACGUGAAUUGGAGGGGAAGUUAUUGGUGUCAGCAAUCAAGGAUUUGGAGAAAAAGAGAGAUGCUUUGAUGACGAGUGAAUCGGUUAGCAAAUAUCUUGCUCAACAACAGCAACUUGUGGAAAUUGAAGACGACUUUUCAUAG